AUGCAUGUCAGUGGAGCCGAAUCCAAUGUUAAAUACAUAGUCAAGACCUAUUCAACUCUACCAGCCAACACCAAUCCAAAUGCCAUUCAAUUCUAUAACCACAAGAUGUAUGUAACAGGUUCCACUAAUAACAUCUAUGCAGUUUCGAAUAAUGGAAGUUAUACCAUCGUAAACCCAAUAUCCACUUUGGAUGCUCCAACAGGAAUACAUAUUGUGGAUGAUUGGCUCUAUGUUUCUAAUAGUGGAUCUCAGAAAGUUUCCAAGAUGUAUUUAAAUGAUUCUCCAAUUCAAGUAUUUGAUGUUUUAACAUUUUAUCCUAAUACGAAUCUUUUUGUUUUAUCAGAAAGUGAAUUGUAUGCAGUCGAUAAGAAUAAUAACUUGAUUCGACACUGGAAGGAUAGUUCCUUUGCAUUGGUUAGUGUUGGCAGUCUUAAUGGACCGAAUGGAAUUUUUAUUCGAAACAAUACUAUUUACUUUACCGAAAAUGGAGCUCGUACAUUGAAAGCAAUCGAUCAAAAUAAUCAAAUUUCAAUUCUUGCUUCAGAUAUUAAUGCGUAUUCAGUAUAUGUCACUGAAGAUAAUGUCAUUUUCUUUACAGAUUAUGUUGGUAGCCUAAUUUGGAGAAUUAAAGACGGUCAAUCUUCGGUAAUUGCUGGAUAUUCAGGAAGUUCUGGUAAUGAUAAUAAGGAGAAUGUCAAUGCCACUUCUAGUAGUGUAACUCUUCCUACUGGAAUAACAUUUGACAACUUGACAGGUAUAAUUUACUUUGCAGAAAUUUCCAAUCAACGAAUUCGUGGAUUGAUUCCAUAUUGUGAAACAGCUGGACAUUACUUGAAUGCACAAAAGUCACGUUGUGUGUCAAGUGUCUGUUCAGGAGUUGACAGCACCAACUCUUCUGUUUGUUCAUCACGUGGUAUUUGUAAUCAAACCAAUCAAUGCUCAUGCCAAUCAAAGUAUUUUGGUGAUAAUUGUGAAUUGACAAGUUGUAAUGGAAUUCAAAGUAAUUCAAAUUUGGUUUGUUCUGGAAAUGGAACUUGUCAAGAUUACAAUUUUUGUAAUUGUAAGAAUGGUUUGCUUGGAAAGAAUUGUCAAAUUGCAACUUGCUUUGGAAUUUUAUCCAAUCAAACAAGUGCUUGCAGUAGUGGAAGAGGUAUUUGUCAAGGAAUGGAUUUUUGUAAUUGUUCGAAAGGUUUCGUCGGCCAAGAUUGUGCUGAACAUACAUGUGGAGGCAUUUCUUAUAAUAACACAGCAACUUGUUCUGGAAAUGGAACGUGUGUUGGUGUAGAUAGCUGUUCUUGCAAGGAGGGUUUUUAUGGAGAUAACUGUCAAAUGCCAAAAUGUUUUUCAAUCAUGUCAAAUGACACGAGUGUUUGCUCUGGUAAUGGAGAAUGUAUUGGAAAAGAUAAGUGCAAUUGUAAGAGUGAUUAUUCUGGAUAUCGUUGUGAAAUAACUUCAUGUUUCGGUAUCCCAUCAAACUAUUCGAAUGUUUGUUCUGGAAAUGGAAAUUGCACUUUCAAAGAUUUCUGUAAUUGCACAUUUGGAUAUUUAGGUAAACAAUGUGAAGUUGCUCCUUGUUAUGGAAUUCCAGCAAAUUAUUCGAAUGUCUGUUCUGGAAAUGGAAAUUGUAAUGGAAAAGAUAAUUGUAAUUGUCAACCAGGAUUUUCAGGAAAUCAAUGUGAAAUUCCAACUUGUUUUGGAAUUUUGGGAAACAGUUCAAUGGCGUGCUCUGGCAAUGGAGAAUGUCAAAAUUUAGAUCAAUGCAAUUGUAAUUCAAAUUAUACUGGAUCAAAAUGUGAUGUUCCUAUAUGUUUCGGUAUUGCAAAAAGUUCUAGUUUAGUUUGCUCAGCUAUUGGAAAUUGUACGAAACCUGAUUUUUGUGAAUGUCCAUCAAAUUAUGAAGGAUACGAAUGUCAAUUUCGCAUCACUCCAAGAAAAUUACAAACUAAUGGCAUUCCAACUGCAAUUGUCCAAGGAAUUUCCACAACUUUUGAUUUGAAAGUUAUUGGAAUGGAAUUGAGAACAUUUAGUGAUCUAGUCAACUCGAGAAAGGAUUGUGGAGUGACAUGUUCACUUUCUUUAUCAUAUAGUUGGUAUUUGAAGGAUAGAGACAAUGGUUCACCGUUAAUUAUCCAACAUUCGAAUACCGCAUUUGGAAAUACGAAAUAUCUUUCGUCUUCAACUUUCCAGUUGACUUUCUCACCUGUUAUUUCAAUUGGUUUUACUAGAAUUUUAAGUAGAAAUGUAACUUUGACAUUUGAAAUUGUAUCUGGUGGUGAAAAUGUUUCAAUUUCUCAAGAUAUCUUGAUUAUUUCACCUCUGUUGAGAACUAAAGGUUUAGGUAAGAUUCAACCAAGUUCUGGAAUCGCACUUGGUUCCUUAUUUUCAAUAGAGGAAGAUAAGAAUCUUUGGACAGUCUCGGAAGAAAGUAAGAAAUAUCUUGAACCUUUUCAAUUUGCCUUUGGUUUCUUUUACAAUCAAGAAUUAGUAAGAAUCUCUGAUUUUUCCAUAAAUGGGAUGGAUUUAUUGUUCCUUCCAUAUUUGAACGCAAAUAAUAGUAAUGGACAAAGUGAAAAUUUGGAUAUUUAUGUUAUCUGUAAGGAUGCUUUAAAGAAUGAAUAUUCUUCUCUUAUUGGUACUGUUUCAAUUAGUCCAAAUUUGGUAAACACAGUUGAAGAAUUGAAAAAUCAAAUUGAUGAUAUUGCACGCAUUAUUCCUUAUGACUCUUCAUGGAAGUUUAGAGAUCUGAAAGAAUACAGCUCUGUUAUUAUCGAGUCUGUCAGCAAGUUGAGUAUUGACAUUAAUAAUCCAUCAAAUACUUUAACAACUCUUCGACAAUUGACAAGCCAAAGUGUUGCUUCUUCUUACCAAGUUGGUUCUAUCAUUAAUGAUAAGAUUGAUUCUUACUUAUCUUCUUUAAAUCAAGUUUAUAAGAAGGAAAAGGAAACUAAUGGAUAUGUUUCUAAUAGAUUGACAAAUUCUGAUUUGAAGAAUACUUUAUCAAGUGCUAGUAACUUGCUUUUCUUUGGAUUUUCCAAUAUCUCAAGCCUUUGUACUCAAUUAUCAUCCGUUUUAUUGUAUCAACAGUCAACCAAGAUAGUUUCCAACUCAAUUGACUAUUCGAAAUAUUCAACUGAAUUAAUUAACAUUACAGUUUCGUCAUUUGUCAAGAGCAAUUCCAGUAUCAAGGCACUACAAUUCUCUGACAUUUUUCUAGAUUCAGAUUACAUUCUUAACAAGUAUAACGGUUACAAUAAGGAAAUUGGUCUUUCCUUAAUUUCUUACAAUUCGAAACUAUAUAAUUCAAGCCAAACUCAAAUAACCAACUCCAAAGAUUUCACUCUUUAUAUGGGAGGAGAGGCUCUUCCUCUAUCAGAAUUAGUUCAACCUAUCUACAUUUCAUUUUCUGUUCAAAAUUUGACUUCUUUGAAUCAAUCCCUUGUCAAGUGUCAAUUUUGGAAUGAAACAACAGAAAAAUGGGAUAAUCAAGGAUGUUCCUUGCAUGUAUUCAAUCAAGCUACUGGCGAAGUGACCUGUAAAUGCACUCACACUACUCUAUUCGCUGCCUUUGUUGAACAAUCAUUCAAUGAAACUCUGGUUGACCAAGUAGUAUUGAAAGAGUUAUCGAAUUUGUACAUUGCUCAAAUUUCCUUUGGAGUUCUCUUCCUAAUGCUUUCUAGUACAUUACUAGUUGGUUUGAUUAUCAUGAGAAAAUCUCAACCAUUAGCAAGUCGUUUCGUCACACCAUUUAUAGGAAUGAUUGCCUUAAUAGUGGAAUGUAUCUUGUUGCUUAUAACACAGAGAAGCAUUUUAUUGUCAGAACAGAAUGGAUGGUCUGAAUCCACAGCUAUACAAGUGGAAAGUUCAGAUUUGGCAGCCAAUAUUGUUUCGAAUAUUAUCGCCAUUAUUGUAAACACUUUGACUUUGACAGCAAUGUUUGCUUAUUUGUAUCAAAUUUCCAGAUAUCACAUUCUGAAAUAUUUCUAUCACAAGCUUUCCAUCAAGUUUUCCCUCAAUUCUGGUCAAAAAGAAAGUGAACGAAACUUGUCCCUAAUUAGACAGCUCUUGUCAACCAAAGCCAUGAUCACAAUCAUCACUACUUUUGUAAUUUUGAACCUAUUAUACUGGACUCUCUGGGUUAUCCUUGUGAGAACUUCAGCAAUUACAGGAGUUGCCUAUUCUUACAUUGUUUCAAUUUCAUUCACUGUGAUUCUUCUUUGUUUAGGAUUCAUGAUUUGUGGUUUGAUUGGAUUAGAUGUUUUCAUGACUCUUAUGAAUGAGAGAAAGGAAAAGUCAAUUGUCAAUAAUGGUAAUCAAGAAAACGCAAGUCAGUCCAGUAAUUCAUUGCAAAAGUUUGAUAAGGAGGCCACCAAGAAAAUAGCCAAGAUUAGUUUAUGGAAAGCGUAUAAUUGGUUUAUUAAGAUUGACAAUCCUCUCUAUUUUAGAGGUGAAAUGAGUCUUUUCGUGUUGUGUUUCGUAUUUUUGAACAUUUCACAAAUUAUUGGAAUUUCAGGAUUGAGUUAUAAGAAAGGAGAAAAAAUGUCAAGAGUUAAUGAUUCCAUUUCUUUGGUAUUCGAAGUCUUGUACUUGUUCACUUACUUGUUGGUCUUUGGAGGUUAUGCAUUGUUAGUCAGAUUAGUUCAGUUUAUUCAACAAAAGAAGAAACAAUCAUUAUCCAAAAAUAGAGAUUCUUCUGAGAUGGAUGAAUUAAGCCAAAUCUUGAAUAAUGUGGAAGGAUUGAGAUUAUUGGAGCAAUUUAGUGAAAAAGAAUAUUCCUUAGAGAAUUUGCAUUUAUUCUUGGAAAUGAAACACAACCAACAAUUAAUUAAGACAUCUGACAAUAUGGAUGAACUUUAUGUGUUCAUGGAUAACGUUUGGUCAACUUACAUUCAAACAGAUUCCAUUAAGGAAGUUAAUAUUCCAUCCGAUUGUAAACGAAAUUUCUCUAAAGUGAAAAAUUCCCUAUUCGAAAUUGUCAAGCAGCAAGAACCUGAGUUGAAAAAUCAAAAACCAAUUCCAGAAGAAUUGGCAACCGAAUUACAACAAGUAUUUUCUGUAUUGUCUGAUCAAAUUACUUUCAAUUUGAGUGAUACCUUUUCUAGAUUCUCCUUGACUGAUGAAUAUUCCAAUUAUUUGAAUGUAUUGGAAACUCAACAAGAGUUAUUGAACAAAUCCAAGCUAGUUUAG